AUGGAGCCUGUGGCUGGCAUAGAGAGGAGAAACCAAUCCACCGCGCAAGAGUUUAUCCUCCUGGGAUUUCCUGGCAAUCAGCAAUUGCAGAUCUCGCUCACUGUGGUGUUCACCACAACGUACGUCCUGAUACUCACAGGAAAUGUUGCCAUAAUAGCUCUAGUCAUGGCCCAUCCUUACCUCCAAACGCCCAUGUACUUUUUCCUUUGCAACCUCUCCUUCCUGGAGAUCUGGUACACCACAGCCUGUGUGCCUAAGGCCAUUGCCGUUUUCCUGGGGAAAAGCAGAGCCAUCCCCUUUCUUAGCUGCAUCCUGCAGAUGUACUUCGUUUUCUCCCUGGGCUGCACGGAAUAUUUCCUCUUGUCUGUUAUGGCCUACGACCGCUAUCUGGCCAUUUGCUACCCAUUGCACUAUAGCGUCCUCAUGAGCAGCACCAAGUGCACUCAUCUAGCUUUUUUGUGCUGGGUGUCUGGUUUCCUAGUUAUUACAAUCCCAUCUUCUCUGAUAGCCACAAUGUCCUUCUGCAACUCUAACGUCAUCAACCAUUUCUCGUGCACCACCGAUUCCUUGAUCUUCCUUUCUUGCUCAGACACCUCCAUGGUUAAGUUGUCCAGUUUAAUCUUGUCAGUCCUCAUCAUCUUGGGAUCGUGUUUGAUAACCCUGGCCUCCUACAUUCUCAUCAUCUCCACCAUUGUGAGGAUCCCGUCUGCCCAAGGCCGGCAAAAGGCCUUUUCCACCUGCUCGGCCCAUCUUAUUGUUGUCAUUAUGUGGUAUGGCUCCACCAUCUUCCUGUAUGUCCGGUACACCAAACAGAACGUCUUGGACAUGAACAAGUUCAUCAACAUCCUGAACACUAUUAUAACGCCACUGCUAAACCCUUUCAUUUAUACCCUAAGGAAUAAAGAGGUGAAGGAGGCUUUAUCGAAGGCGUUCAGUAGGAUGUGGAGUUAG